AUGAGUGUUUUACCAGAAAAUAUUAAGGCUGAGGCCAAUUCAAUUAUUCAUCAAUAUUUAAACAGUAUAGACAAAUCCUUAGCGAGUAACUUCUUGAAAAUAACAAAAGCGAAACCCAGAGCCAAGAAUCUGCCAUCUUUUGUUGAUAUUCUUCAACAAUUCAAAAGCCAGCAAAAACCUAGUAAAAAACAGGAUGAGAGUUCCGAUGACUCCAGUGAAGAUGAAAAGCCCAAAAAGCCUGUUGCCCAAUUAAAUGGUAACGCCCAACAGAAGAAGAAGGAAUCAUCUGAUUCAGAUAGCUCCGAAGAUGAGAAGCCUCAAAGCAAACCUGCACCAAAGUCUAACAAUGUUGCACCGAAACCUGCUCCCAAGAAAGCAGAAUCAUCAGACGACAGCGACAGUAGUGAUGAAGAUGUUUCUAAAAAACCAGCAGCACAGCCGGUGAAACCUCAAGCAAAGGCAGCACCUAAAGCCAAACAAGAAUCUUCCGACGACAGCUCGGAUAGUGAAGAUGAAAAGCCAGCACCAAAACUUACUCCAGCCAAACAAGCUCCAGCUAAAGCCACUCCAGCUAAACCACCUCAAAAGAAAGCUGAAUCUUCUGACAGUGACAGCAGUGACGAUGAACCUAAAAAACCAGCUGCCAAACCAACCCCUGCCAAGAAACCUGUAGCUAAACCAGCAAAGGCAGAAGAAUCGUCAGAUGACAGUGACUCAGAUGAUGCUACCAAACCACCUCCAAAGGCAGCCAAUGCCAAGCCCACACCAAACAAACCAGCUGCUAAAGCUGCACCCAAAAAACAAGAAUCAUCAUCCGAUGACAGCAGCGAAGAUGAGAAACCUCAACAGAAAGCUUUCCCCAAACUGCAAGCGGCGGCCGCCAAACCAGUUGGUAAAGUCAGCAAGAAACAAUCAUCAUCAGAAGACAGCGAUGAAAGUAGUGAAGAUGAAAAACCUAAGGCCGCAGCAAAGCAGCCGGCUAAACCUGCAGCCAAACCAACCCCCGCUAAGAAGAAACAAGAAUCUUCUUCUGAUGAUAGUGACGAUGAACCCCCUAAACCGGCACAAAAAUCACCAGCGCCAGCCAAACCUGCACCAAAAGCGAAGGCAGAAUCCUCAGACAGCGACGACAGUGAUGAUGAACCUAAAGCUAAACAAGCUAAAGUAGCAACCCCAGCUAAACCCGCAAAGGAUGAUUCUUCCGAUGACAGUGAUGAAGAGCCACCUAAGAAGGUUCAAAAACCUGCUGCUAAACCAGCUGCACCUAAGAAGGCAUCAUCAGACAGUGAUGACAGCAGUGAGGAAGAACAGAAAAAGCCACCAACAACUCCAAAAGCUAAACCGAAGCAAGAAUCCUCUGAUGACGAUGAUAGUGAUGAUGAAGCACCAACUGAAGUACAGAAGAAAGAUAAUCAGUCUGAAAACGCCAAAGCUGGCAAGAAAAGGAAAGCCUCUGAAAAUGAAGCAGAACCAACUCCCGCCAAGAAACCCUAUAGCAAUUUUGUGAAGGGGACCAAUUGUUCAUCAACUCCCAGUGACAAAGGCCCACAAAGUAAGCCGACUCCCUUCAGGAGAGUUGUCACAGAACAAGUUGAAGUGGAUCCUAGACUUAAAGACAAUUCAUUUGAAGCUAAGGAGGGUGAGGGAGACGAGGAAGAAGAAGAAGACGAACACAACAAGUCUGGAGGAGGAGGAGGACGGGGGGGAAUGAACCGCGGGGGCUUCCGAGGCCGGGGAGGGUUUAACGAUAGAGGAGGCAGGGGCGGGUUCGGCGGCAGGGGAGGCCGCGGAGGGUUUAACGAUAGGGGAGGCCGGGGAGGAUUUAACGAUAGAGGAGGCCGGGGAGGAUUCAGAGGCCGCGGCGGAUUUAACGAUAGAGGGGGCAGGGGAGGACGAGGGGGAUUCGAUCGUGAAGGUCGUGGUGGAGGACGAUUCGGAGACAGGGGUGGGAGGGGAGGACGGGGAGGCCGCGGAGAUAGACACUCGUGGGGAGGAGACAGGGGGGGAUUUAACAAAGGAGGUUUUAAUAACAGAAAGAGUUUCGGCGACGGAGGCGAGCAACAGAAUAAGAAAGUUUACGGAGCCCGCGGCUCGUGGGGCGAGCGCGCUAAUCAAGACUUGAAGCACACGCGCGGCAAGUCAUUCAAACACGAGAAAACAAAGAAAAAACGCGGUUCAUACCGGGGUGGCGCCAUCGACACCGGGGUCCAUUCCAUUAAGUUUGAAGAUUGA